CGUUCGGGCCCGGCCCGGGGCGGCUCCUUCCCAGGCCGCCGCCGCCGCUGCUGCUGCUGGAGCCUCGUCCGGUGCGGGGCUCGCGCGACAGGCCCGGGGCGGAGCGGCCGCUGCAGCCCGCCGGCGCGACGGGACGGGAGCCAUGCCGAGCAAGAAGAAGAAAUACAACGCCCGCUUCCCUCCGGCUCGGAUCAAGAAGAUCAUGCAAACGGAUGAAGAAAUUGGCAAAGUAGCUGCUGCGGUCCCGGUCAUCAUUUCGCGAGCGCUGGAGCUGUUCCUGGAAUCGCUGCUGAAGACCGCUUGCCACGUCACCCAAUCCAGGAAUGCCAAAACGAUGACAACGUCCCACCUGAAACAAUGCAUAGAACAGGAGCAGCAGUUUGAUUUCCUGAAGGACCUGGUGGCUUUGGUACCCGACAUGCAAGGCGACGCCGAGGACAACCACAUGGAAGCGGGAGAGAAGGUUUCCCGUCGGGGCCGGAAACCUGGCAGCGGCCGAAGGAACGGCGGCACAGCAGGGAAAGGAAAGGAUCCGAAGCAAUCCGGCACAGACUCGGAACAAGAUGAUGACUCGGAAGAGAGCGAAAGCAACGGAGAAGAGGAGGCUUUGCAGACGAUCCCAUCUACACAACCAGCUCCUACCCAUCUCGCUCCAGUUGCUGCCCCCUACCUUCAUUUUACAGCCCCUCCCGUCUCCGCUGCCCCCUUGCCCCUACCGGCUCCAACAGGAACAGUCCCCAUUGCGCUUCCGCCUGCGUCGCUCGCGCCGGUCCAGGCAGGAGAAGAGGAAGAUUAUGACUCUUAACCCCCCCCCCGUCCCCCGUUUCCGGUUCCGUUUUCAUUGCUGCCAUUCGGGGUGGGAGGGGGCGGUGGGG